ACUCGCAGGUCGGGCGCGGGUACCGGGUGUGCGCUGCAGAGCCCCCUGCGGGGCAGGCGGGCGGCGGAGCCUGGGGCGGGGCUUGAGAAGGCCCUGGGGUGCCCGGCCCGCCGCCGCCGCCGGCAGUUUGGGGAGAAGUGACAGCAAGAGACAGGGCGACGAGGGAUUCGGCUGGUGGAAGAGUUAAUCCCUAAAAGACUAACGUGUGUUGCAGAAUGGCCAAAGAGGACAUCCCGAGUGCCUCAAAGGACUUGCAGGAGCUGCAGAGGAAGCUGUCUUUGCUCAUAGAAUCUGUCCAGAAUAACUCGAAGAAAAAAAGAAAAAUCAAUAGAAAAAUAUAUCCAUGGGUGGUUGCCUUCAUGAAGUCUCCAGUGGGCCAGUACCUGGACCGCCACCCUUUUGCGGCCCUCACCUUGCUGGUGUUUGUUGUAAUGUCGGCCGUUCCUGUUGGCUUCUUCCUGCUCCUCGUGGUUCUCACCUCCCUGGCUGCCCUGGUGGGCGUCAUGUUACUGGAAGGGCUGGUCAUCUCUGUGGGCGGCGUCGCGCUGCUCUGCGUCCUCUGUGUCCUGGUCUUCGUGUCACUCUCCGUGUCAGGGACAAUCAUCGUGUCCUACGUGGCAAUGUCCAGCCUCAUCAACUACUGGUUUUCUCCCAGCCCUGCUCUUUACAGAGGCCCUAGAGCUGACCAUUUGCUCUCGUCAUGGAACAGACCACUGACACAGAACCCCAGCGGCGACGCCAGCCGGCCGUGAAGUCUGCAGGCUGCAGGGGCCCUACCAGGAAUGCCGACGGCGGAUGGAGCCUGUUCCAGUCAUCUUUGGAGGGUUGUCGGAGCACACGUCGCUGGGAUCACGACGCAGAGGGCGCUAGGUCGUCAGCUCCUUGGGUGUGUCCUCUGCUGUGUCACUUGUUUGUAGGCCCUGCAGUGGCCCUGUGAGAACUGCCCUGCUCAGCAACUCGGCCACUCACCCCUUCUCCCCGUGAGGCAGACUUGCCUUUGGCAGUUUGAGCCCCUAGAGCCUGGCGCUGGGAUCCUAAGGUUGACUUGACCCAAGGAUCUUGUGUCCAAGGGCCCAUAUUGGGACAAAUGUGGAUUGUUUUUUAUCUGUUCCUUUUUUUUAGAAAUGGGAGGAGCUGUUUAUUUCUCCACUGGUUUGAAACAAGAGUGGGGGUGAGAAAUAUCCAAACCAGAGCAAGCUCUUCGGUGUUAUUAGCUUUUAUUCAGAAAGAACAGCAACAUUGGACAAUAAUGGACCCAAAGUUAGAACAGCCUUAAUUUUAUAGUCAAGAGCAUUUUUUCAGAAGUCUAAAGGAGUCGUAUCCACUGCUGACUCCUGUGAGUGCUUUUACUCUUGGCACUUGAUACUUUUGUAUUGUUUUAAAGAACUUGUCCUGUUAAGCCAUUUUUUAAAAAAGUUCUAUGAAAACGCUAAAGGACUACAGAAAUUUUUAAAAUUCUAUGGAAUUUCUACUUCAGUGGUUUAUUUGCUGUGGAUUUUAUUCAAUAAAUAUUUGUUUAGAUUUUC